UGGUGGUGGUAGGGUGCCAGGCAGUGCUCGUGUGGCAGUCUAGCAGUGAGCAGCAUCUGUAGCGGUGGUUCCUCCUGCUCCUCCUCCUCCUCCUCCCCCUUCUGCUCCAGCGCUUCUCUCCAGUUACUUCAUCGCCGUUGAAAGGCACGUGGCAUCCCCCCAAGGCGCCAUGUGGACUGAGGUGGGCGCGGGCGUGCUCAUGCUGGUGGUGGGCGUGCGUCUGCUGUACAGGUGGCAGUCAGGUGUAUGUGCCUCUAAAGCGUCUCUGGAGGGCAAGACUGUUAUUAUCACUGGGGCCUCUGCAGGCAUCGGCAAGGAGGCGGCGAAGGACCUGGCGGGCAGAGGGGCGCGUGUCAUUAUGGCCUGCAGGAACAUAGAGAAAGCGGAAAGGGCUGCGGCUGAGGUAAGGGCGUCAGUGAGGGGGAGAGGCGAGGCGGUGGUGCGGCAUCUCGACACCUCUAACCUCGCCUCCGUCAGACGAUUUGCCGAGAAGAUUCUGAAGGAGGAGGACAAACUACACAUCUUGAUCAACAACGCAGGCAUCGUCGGGCCCCCCACGCGAGAGGUCACAGAGGAAGGGCUGGAGCUCACCAUGGCCACUAACCACUACGGCCAUUUCCUCCUCACGAAUCUGCUGCUCGGCCUGAUCAAGAAGAGCGCUCCCAGUCGCAUCGUCAACCUCACGUCAGACAGUCAUGAUUACGUCACCAAACUCAACCCGGACUGUCUCAACUUCGAGCACGACUACUACUCCUCGAUGACAGCAUACGGCCAGUCUAAGCUGUGCAACAUCCUCUUCUCCCUCGAGCUGACACACAAGCUGGAGGGAACAGGCGUGACAGCUAACAGCGUGCACCCCGGCUGUGUGAGCACGGAGAUCUUCUACAAGGGAAAAGUGACUUGGUUCCUGUGGGUGUGUGGCAAACUCUUCUUCGUCAUGGGAAAGGACGCUAAGCUGGGAGCCCAGACCAUCGUUCACGCCGCAGUGUCCGAGGAGCUGGAGGGCGUGAGUGCUCGCUACCUGGUGGACUGCAAGGAGGCCAAGACGACAGACCUGGCACGCUCGAAGAAGCUUGCCCGGCAGUUGUGGGAGGCCAGCGAGGUGGACGUUAAGCUGCAGCAGGAGGAGAAGCAUUACUAGGGAAGAUGCGCUGACGGAGGGACUAGACGAGGAAGGGGAAAGAUUACGAACAAGCUGCGGACGAGAAGACUAAGAACUGCAAAAACGUUGAUGUUAAAGCGGGAAGAGGCGCUGAAGGUGAAAGUCGCAGUUAGACGUGAGGAGAGACAGACGAAGAAACUAGACGCAGAAGGAGGCGCUGAAGGGGAUACGAGGAUAUAAAGCCAGGAAGACACUAAGGUAACGCCGCACCGCCUCCUUCCUUUGCCCCCCCUCCAGCAUCUCUCCUGUGCCGCUGCUUCCUCCUCCUUCUCCUCCUCCUCUUCCUCCUCCUCCUCCUCCUCCUCCUCCUUCCUGAUCCUCACCUGGUCAAGAAACAAAUCCACAGAUAAACGAUAAUAAAUAGAGAGAGAUGAUGACAAGAAGAAAACAAGAACAUGAAGGAAACAA